AUGGUUUUGGACCAGCAGAUGCUCCACCUGAACCUUGACGAUCGCCGGCCCGUCAACUACGCGAUGGUUAUAACCCCGCCCGCCGAGCGCGAUUUAAAUAACAUGCAGAGCAAUGAUUCUCAAAGCAACCUAAAGAAAACGGACAAUGACGACCGCUGGGCGCAGAUUUUCCGAUACACUCCGACCCCGACGGUGAUUUUAGAUGGUUCUUUUCGGGUGGUGGGGACUUCAGAAAGCCACCAGACCCGGUUCAAGCAUACCCGAGCACAUUUGAUAGGAACAAGCAUCUACGAAAUGGCACCGGCAGAGGUCCCGGUACCUGAUAUGGCAUCUAUGAGUGGUGCUUUGGGCGCCGCGAUCGCGACAAAAGAAGCCAAAGUGAUCGAUCAUGUUUGUGUUCCGGACAGCGACUUUGAUUACUCGUUGAGAGUCACGCCGAUUUUUGACCAUGAGUUAUUAAUCAACGUGCUCCUGGAGGCACAACAGGGUCAGAAACGGGAGCAACGCGCAACCAAAAUGAGAGAACAGACUUACCUGAAUGAGACCUACAAAACCUUAAUCGACACUGUGAAGGAUUAUGCAAUUUUCAUGCUGGACACGCGGGGUCAUAUUGCCACGUGGAAUGCUGGAGCCUCCAUCCUCAAAGGCUACACUACCCAGGAAGCGAUUGGAAAGCACUUUUCCAUGUUCUACGGACUAGAUGACCGUCAAGCCGACAAGCCCGCACGGGAACUGGAGGUAUGUCUGCGCGAGGGCAAGGUGGAAGACGAAGGCUGGCGUUACCGGAAAGAUGGAGGACGUUUCUGGGCCAACGUUAUGAUCACCCCCAUCUAUCAAUUCGGCCGACAUAUUGGAUUCGUGAAGGUGACACGAGACCUGACGGAGCGCAAAGCUGCCGAAGCGCGUCUAAUUGAUGCAUUUGAGGAGUCAUCCAAGAUGAAGACCGAUUUCUUGGCAAACAUGUCACAUGAGCUGCGUACUCCGAUGAAUGGCAUGUUUUUGGCCUUGACUAUGCUCAUGAGGACUCCGUUGGCCGAAGAUCAGAUGGAGUUUGCGACUAUUUUGGAGGACUCAACCGGCUUGCUUCUGCAAGUCAUAAAUGAUGUCCUGGAUUAUUCGAAGCUAUCCGCUGGAUCCUUCUCUCUUGUCACCGAUACUCUGGAUGUCCCCAGUGUGGUCAAUGCAGUGGCCCGGAAUUGCGAGCCAUCGGUGAAAUCCGGCGUCACAUUGAAGGUCUCAAUUCCUUCCGACUUUCCCCAAAGUAUGCAAGGAGACCCGCUGCGUUUCCGCCAGAUUCUUCAAAACUUAGUCGGCAAUGCCGUCAAAUUCACCGAAAAGGGCUAUAUUCAAAUUAAUGCAUCUUACGCAAAAGAUCCAGUCGAUCCUCGAUUCUACAAGAUCUCGGUUCAAGUGGUGGAUUCUGGAAUUGGUAUUCCAGAGGAUGCGACAAACACUCUUUUCACCCCCUUCACUCGAUUUGCAGACUCGGCUGUCAAGCGAUACCAAGGAACUGGGCUAGGAUUGUCUAUUUCUAAAAGCCUAGCUGAGCUCAUGAACGGCGCGAUCGGCUUUCACCCAAAUCCGAAUGGCCCUGGCAGUGUGUUUUGGAUAUCUGCAAAGAUGGGCCACAUCGAUUCGCCGAUUCCUAAGCUGAGAGGCUUGACGUCGACGGUGAAGCCAUUCGUAUAUGAUCCGACCGAACAACUCCGAACUAUCGCACCGCAGAAGCAAAUUCUACUUGUGGAAGACAACAAGGUCAAUCAAACUAUCAUGCUCAAAUUGUUAUCCACGCUGGGCUUCGAACGUGUGGAUGCAGCUUGGGAUGGCGCUGAGGCUGUCCGCAAGGUGAAGCAAAAGCCCCUCGCUUAUAACGUCAUUCUGAUGGACAUCAAUAUGCCUGUUAUGGAUGGCUUGGUAGCUACGGAGCAGAUUCGCCAAAUGAUGAUUGAUGUUCCGAUUAUUGCACUCACGGGGAAUGCUCUCAAGGGGGACGCUGAAACGUAUCUCUCAAAGGGCAUGAAUGAUUACCUUGCAAAGCCGCUUCAUAGGCAACAGUUGGUGGACAUGCUCUGGAAAUGGUGUGGAUCUUAA